UGGAAAGUCCCCACAAUUCACAGAAACAAACGUGUGUAUGUGUGUGAAACUGUCGCUAAGGUGGCGCAGAAGGUGUGUGAGAUGUUCCAGCAGUGUCAGCAGGACAGACUGACAGAGGUCAGAGAGCAGAUCAAGCAGCUGAUUCAGAAGAAGAGCGCUGGGAGAGCAAAGGCCACACCUGCCAAAACACCUGCUGCUGAUGAUGAUGAGAGUGAAGAUGAAGAGGAUAUGGAGUGUGAUGGAGGUGCAGCAGUGAAGGAGCAGCAUCUUCCUCCUCGGGCCGCGAGUCAUGAGGAAGAGGAUGAUGGCUGGACGGUUGUGCGCAGGAAGAAGUGACUGGACUUACAGUAUUAGGACUGAUGAAUUUCUUCAUUUAAUACAUUUUAAGGGCUUCUCUGUCUCUGCAGCUCUGAAUACUUCUGUAUUUACAACCGUGACAAACACAUGAAACCCACAGAAUGGUGCAUCUGACUAAUGUUAAAACAGAUGGAUUUCCUUACUGGACUUCUUCCAUGGGUUUCCUUUAUAAAUGCGUAGUUUGGGUACACAGUCUAAUGAAAUCAAUUUGUGUAUGCUUUGUAACUGGUCUGGUCUGGACAUUUUCAUGGUCUAGUUGUGGCCUAGCCACAACACUGAUCUUUGACUUCCUGUAACUCUUAUUUAUUACUUGUAGGUUAAUGCCUGCAAUGGUCCUUUAUCGCCCUCUAGUGUCACUAUAGUGUCACA